UUUCAAGCUCCACAGAAAUGUGCUGCCUGGAAAUUGGCUGCCUUUUGGAGUAUGUGCAUAAGGCUCAGGACUACAUAUGCGGAUUGAGAUAUCUAGGAUAGCCAUUAGGAGCUGCUUGGCCAUUUUCCAUCGAAAACAACCUCAGAUGUUUAUGGACGGUUUACAAGAUGAAUGGCAAACAUCAAGGUUAUUUUCAAUUGAAAAUGGCCGAGAAGUUCCAAAUGCAAUGAUAGCAGGAAAUACAAAGUUCCACCUGGGUCUGCACUGGGGCACUUCAGUCCAUAAUGGAAAAUCAAAUGCUGAGAUGAUAGGAGAAGUGGCUGCGCUUGUGACCAGCUCAUCAAGGAGUGGCCAUAACAUUCUCCAACUUGUAGCUGUUGCCUGA